CGUAGCCUCGUCAAGCCACAUCAACACAAUCGGUGUACCCACUCUUGGAACCUCAUCGCAUUUACUCCUACCGUCUACCUAUUAGAUAUUUCCAAAGUCGUCCACCUCACAACCAUUUUAAUACUUCCUAUUAAUUCAGAAAAUAAUCUCAUCAAAGAAAUCAUCACACUCAAUCAACCACUCCAUCACUUUCCUCAAAUAACAAUUUCCAAUCUCAUCAUCUUUGAUUGUUCAUCAACUGUGGCGCAAAGUCUAUCCUCACAACCACCUUGACGAUGGGUAUCAUUCGCAAGAAGACGGCCAUGAGAGGAGGUGAGGGUGGUGUUAAAUAUGUGUGUGAUGUUUGCUCUGCAGAUAUUACUAAUACUGUAGGUAUUUUCAUGCACAUCCAAUCUACUAACCCGUGGAAUUAUCCUAAUAUCUAACUUCAUUUCCGAAUUAUAGGUCCGAAUUCGAUGCGCCCACUCUGCUUGCAACGAAUAUGACCUAUGUGUACAAUGUUUCUCAGAUGGAAAAUCUUCCUCACAACAUCAACCUGCUACUCAUCCAUUUCGAGUCAUUGAACAGAAUUCCGUUCCCAUUUAUACAAAAGAUUGGGGGGCAGAUGAGGAGUUAUUGUUACUGGAAGGCUGCGAGAUUUAUGGAUUGGGAUCUUGGGCAGAUAUCGCGGAUCACAUUGGAGGAUUCCGAAGUAAAGAUGAAGUUAAAGAACAUUACAAGAGGGUUUAUUUGGAUAGUCCGAAAUUUCCAUUGCCAAAACGAGCCAGUCCACAUGAUACCGAGUUGAUGGAUGCAUUACCUCGAGAAGAAUUUCAGGCGCAAAAGAAAAGAAGAAUAGAGGAACGAAAAGAGGCAGCUAAAAAUGCACCUCCUCCACAACCCAAAAAGAAACCCACAGCCAGUGUACCAUCAUGUCAUGAAAUUCAAGGUUAUAUGCCUGGUCGUUUGGAAUUCGAAACCGAGUAUGCGAAUGAAGCAGAGGAGGCUGUUCAACUUAUGUCAUUCGAACCUGGUGAUGGAACCAAUCCUACCACGGGAAAGUUAGAACCGGAAUUCGAACUCAAAAUGACGGUAAUGAACAUAUAUAAUCAGCGAUUGACUCAACGAGCCGAUCGUAAAAAGGUCAUAUUUGAACAUAACCUUUUGGAAUAUCGGAAAGCAAUUGCUCUUGAUAAAAAGCGCACCAAAGAAGAGAGGGAUCUCCUUACCCGUGCAAAACCUUUCGCAAGAAUGAUGAAUCAUGAUGACUUUGAGGAAUUUUCAAAAGGUCUCAUUGAUGAGUUAAAUUUACGACUAGCGGUUCAACAAUUACAAGAGUGGAGACAAAUGAAGAUAGGAGAUCUCAAAAGUGGAGAGAAAUAUGAGCAAGAGAAGCAACAGAGACUUCAAAGAGCACAACCUAUGGGUAGCAUGGAUCGUGAAAGAUAUGCUACAAGUGCAAAGAACAAACCUCCUCCUGUUAUUGAAACUCCAAGUGGUGCAGCUGCAUUAGUUGCUCAUGAUUUACCAGAUUCCAUCCUCAAAUCCGAAUCAAACGAUGAUAAAGAAAAUCUCAUGAAUGGUACUAACGCUCUUACAAACGGAAUCAAGCAACAAUCCCCCUUUAUUAAACGCGAACCAAUACAAGUCCAGCCUUUGUCAACAAUCACACCCUUACCACUUAACCCCUCGUGUACUCCCGAUUACCAUCUUUUAACACCGGGAGAAAUAGAUCUCUGUGAGAAAACUAGAUUAAAUCCAAAACCAUAUCUAGUAAUCAAAGAAGCCGUUUUAAAAGAAGCUUUAAAAGGAGAUGGAAAAUUGAAGAGAAAAAUGGUUAAAGAGAUUGCUAGGGUGGAAGGUGCGAAGGGGGGAAAAAUCUUUGAUUUUUUCUUACAUGUUGGGUGGGUUGGGAAGGCUUAGAUAGAGAGAUAGAUUGAUAGGUGGUGAUGUGCUUUGAAAUGAUUAGAUAGACUGUGUGAGAGAGAGAAAGGAUAUCAUCUCUCUCAAACUCAUGUCUUCCCAUGGCAAGCAAGUCGGGAGGAAAGGAAAGGAAAGGAAAGGAAAGGAAAGGAAAGGAAAGGAAAGGAAAGGAAAGGAAUAAUUAGUACUUACUUUACUUUGCUUUCAUGAUGAGAAUGAUGGUUGAUUAUUGGAAUGAUGUACGUAC